AUGUUGUCUCGAUGCGUUUACUCUUGUCGAUAAAUAACAUCCUUUUGUUUUUGUUUGAGUAAGUCAGCGAUAACUAAUUCGAUUCAUUUACAAAUCACAUGAUAAACGUUUAUAUAUACAUAGUGUUAAGCAAUGUUUUCAACAGAGCCAGACCUUAAAAUACUGGUUUACACUGAAUUUGAAUAUAAUAAAGUGUGGUAAUUUUGUUUUAAUAAAGAUGUGUGGAAAAGAGAUAGCUCACUUUCAUCCAUUUGAUGUGUUGACUCAUGUUGGACCGCGUCUUAUUCCCUUCUUCAAAACAGUGGUUAUAUAUUUUGUUGCUUGGUUGCCUGCUGAAACUCCUUCCUUAUUUGCAGCUGCGCUGAAGUGCUUACCAAUAUGCUGUUUAAUGGGAUUUGUUAUCAGUCAAGGACUCAGUUUGCAAAAAGAACAUUUUUAUAGGCAAAGAAUAUUUAUUGGCCUGCUAUUUUCUUGUUUUGGUGAUGCUUUAUUAAUAUGGGGUGAAACAUAUUUUCUCCAAGCCAUGGGAGCAUUUGCUAUUGCACAUUUAGCUUAUAUAAGUGCAUUUGGAUUUUCCUCUUAUCGUUGGUUAAAAGGUAUACCGUUUUUCGGAAUGGUUUUAAUUUCUCUGUAUCUAUUUUAUCCUCGACUACAAGGUUUAUUACUGCCCUGUGUCUGUGUUUAUGUUUGGUUAAUUUGCUCAAUGGGUUGGCGUGCAUUUGCAGCUAUUGAUAUUCUUGGUAAUGUAUGGUCAUGGACAAGUCUUUGUGGAGUGCUUGGUGCUACUUUUUUUAUGCUUUCAGAUUUUAUAAUUGGAUUUGACAAGUUUGUAGCGCCUGUUCCCAUAUCCAGAUUAUUAAUAAUGUCAUCAUACUAUAUUGCACAAUUGUUCAUGGCAAUGUCUGCUGUUAACAAAACAAAUAUAAGAAUCAGAAUGAAGAAGAAUAAUUAAAGUUUUUUAUAAAUUAUAUGUCUCUAUAAUAAUUAUUAUUAAACAAUUUUCUGUAAAGUAAUAAAAGGAUUCGUCUGACCAUUUGCUAAUUUAUUGUUUAUUUUGAAAUGUGAUAUUUGCAGACAAACUAUUUUUUAAUGUAUGUUAAUUAGAAGUAUUUAAAAUAUAAUUUUAU